UUCAAGUCAUAUGUCAAGAGAUGUGUUGUCAACAUUUCAAAUGUACACAUUAAUGUUAUGAUGUGGAAGCCUUUGGAUUUGGGUAGUAAAACAUAUUUCAGAGAAUGAACUUGAUUUAGUGUACAUUUUGGGUUUUUUUGAUAUGGAUUCUAUGUAUAAUCGUUUCAAAAGCGUUGUUGGGGCUGUAGUAGGUGGGAGUGAAGGUGGUGCCAGUAACGAUAGUCUCUUGUCAAGACAACAAAAGUUAGAACCUAAAUUUCCAUACAACAGGCCCCACUUCUUGCAGUUAGAUGAUGAAGAGAUACACAUAUCUGCAGAUCAUCGCUUAAGACCAAUCAUACAUCCUAGCAAACCACUCCCAUAUUAUGCCGGUUAUGCAGAAUGCAUAAAUGCAGGGAAGUCCCGAUGGAAUGAGGAUCAAGCAGUCUUCAGACAAGGGGUUUUGACUAAGCCUGAUGUUCAAUUUUCAAUACCAUAUUCCUACUAUGGGAUAUUUGAUGGACAUGCAGGUGUUGGGGCUGCAUUAUGUGCAGCAAAUCAACUACAUCAUAUUAUUCAUGAGAAAUUGGUGGAUGCACAAGACGACAUUUGGGCAGAUUUCAUUGGUAAAAAUUUGGUAACGUGCAAGCAGACCGACUUGCUAAUAAUUGGAGCUUUGGAAGCUGCUUUCAAAGAAAUGGAUCAACUGAUUGCCGAAGACAGAAUGAAAUACUUAGCAGCGGGUGGAUGUACUGCUUGCAUUGCCUUAUUCAUUUUAGGGAAAUUGUAUGUAGCAAAUGCUGGUGACUCAAGAGCCAUUUUAUGCAAUAAUAAUAAUUUUCAACCACUUUCAAUGGACUUCACUCCGGAAAGUGAAAGGGACAGAAUAAGGAGGCUUGUUGAAGAACAGCCUAGUCUCGUAGGAAACGAGUUCACCUCGAAAGAAUUUCUACAACCCUUACAAACAACGGAUCUAGGUAAAACGGUUAUGUACCGUGAUGCUCAUAUGAAAGGCUGGGCUUAUAAAACUGUUGAACAAGAUGAUUUGAAAAAUCCAGUUAUAGUGGGCCAUGGAAAAAGAAGUCGUUUGAUGGGCACAAUAGGAGUUACCAGGGGAUUUGGAGAUCAUGAUUUAAAUGCUAUUUACACCAAAGUUCAAAUAAAACCAUUAUUAUCACACCAACCAGAAGUUCAAGUGUACAAAAUAACAAGUACAGACGAAAAAGAAGUAUUAGUGAUGGGUACUGAUGGUCUAUGGGACGUAGUUUGUUGCUCUAAAGCUGCUGAAAUAGUUAAAAAAUCUAUAGAGAACUUUAGCGAGAAAGAACGAUACGUUUGUGCUGCAACCUGUUUAGUAGGCUUUGCUAGAGGUUCCCUAAUAAAUGACCAUAACUGGCAGUUGAAGAAUGGAAAGCAGGCAUCCUGUGAUGAUAUUUCAGUACUUGUUAUUCCUACAUUCCCUUAUAAAUUAGAGUAUCAAGAUUUAUGUGAGAAAUACUUAUAAUAAUAAAGUAUUUUAUACCGUAAGUGCACAUGGCUAUACUGAAUCAAUUUUCAUAUUUCCAUGAAAAUAUGAAUAUAUCAAUUUGUAAAAAAAAAAGUUCAAGCGAAAUUUAAAACAUAAGCUUUUUGUUCCCACUACACUGUAUAUGUAUUAUUUAUUCAUAGAAAUUUGUCAACAUCAAUAUAUUUUACUAUCGUAUGUUGAUGACAGGUUUUGAGGAAUUAUUGUUUAUCAUUUUAAAAUAAAAACAAUAUAAGCUUUUGACAA